AUGGAAGAUAACCAUAACCAUGAUUUUUCGGAAGAAUUUGAUGAAUCGUUUGACGAUGAGAUAACGACAACAGGAGAGAUUGAGACUCCUUACGAUAAUUACUCUGAGGAUGAAGACAUUAUUUCGGACAUUGACCCAGCAAAGUCAACACCGCAUUAUCAUGUUCAACGAGCCGAAGAAGUCAUGCGACAAGUAAAAUAUGUUGCAAGUGAAACUGGCUGGAAAAAAGUGUUAUCCCAUAAGAGUGGUGUUUCGGUAUGGAGCAAACCUGGCAUCAAUAAGAAUGACAAGUCACCUAUUUUAAAGGGUGAAGGCGUUAUACAGGGUUUCACUCCGCAAACAAUAUUCUCCGUAAUAGGAGAUAGGGGACUCUGGGACGACUGGUAUACGGACGGCAACUUGAUUGAAAAUUUAAACGAUACCACAAGUUUGACCUAUAUGGUCAUUCAAGCAUUGGCUGGGACAAAAGCACGAGACUUGUCCCUGGUGGAAAAAAUAGAAUGCACUUCAACAGGAGUUAUAUAUUUUGCAUCCACAUCAGUUGAAACUCCAAAAGUUCCACGUGUCUCAAACAGAAUUCGAGCGCAUAUCAAACUUAAUGGUUGGAUUCUUGAUCCGGUCUCCAUUAAUCCACCAGCGACAAAAGUAACAUAUAUUCUACAAACAGACAUAAAAGGAUGGGUUCCUUUUUUUGUUUCCAAGAAGUAUUUGGCCAGGCGUCCUCUUGUUAUUAACGUUAUUGAUCAAUAUUUGCAAAGAAAUGGACCGCCUCCGAUUGCUGCUGCUAGGUCCACACCACCACCUUCUCGAAAACCUUCUCGAAAACCUUCUCAGACAAAUUUAUCCUCAAGUCGUCCAGCGACUAUCGUUAACGGUGGUAGUGUCCGAAGUAAAAUAUCUUUUAUGGAAGAUUCAGAGGGAAACCUCAUAUUGAAUGGAUCAAUUCAUACCCCUAAUGGAUCUACACAUGUAGAUGAUGUUUCUGUUUCUGAACCAUCAUCUCCGUAUUCUACAUAUUCGCACAAAAGAAUGCAAAAUAAAUCCAAUGGCAGUAUUCCAAGUGCCUUAUCGAAUCAAUCAUCGAGUUCAUCAUCUAUAAAGCAAUUUUCAAUCCCUACACAACAACAAUCAUCGUCACCAGUACCUACUCUUCAGAUUUCAUCCAAAUCAUCGUCACCAGUACCUGCUCUUCAGAUUUCACCCAGAUCAUCGUCACCAGUACCUGCUCUUCAGAUUUCACCCAGACCAUCGUCAUCAUUACCUAGAUCACCAUCACCUUCUGAUCAAAGUUCACCCAGAUCACCAAAGUUAGCACAAAUGUUCCAAAAUCGAUAUUCCAUAAUUCAACAUAGGCACAGUGAUCCAUUAUACAAAGCUCUCACCACAUUAAAGAGCUACGCAGAGAGUCUAGAUGGUUGGGAACUUUAUACGGAAAAUAAAGGCGUAAAAAUUUAUAUGAAAGAAAUUCCAGGAAAAUCAAUGCCAAUUAUGCGCGGUGAAGCAACAAUUACUGGUGGGUGGACUGCUGAAGAUCUUCUAGCGACGAUUCUUGAUCCUUCUUGUAGAAAACUAUGGGAUGACCGUUUAGAAGAAAGUGUGAUUGUAGAAUAUCUAACUGCUACGGUUGCGACAACUGAACGUGAUCUAUUUUCUGGUGUAAUCUACAAUGCUAGUUGUUCUGUGGUUGAUCCUGCAAUACCAGAAACUAGCAAACAUGUACGAGCUCAAUUAGAUUUGGCAGGUUGGGUUCUUCGCCCUCAAUUUGAUUCUGCUGGAUACACAACUGCUGUUGACGUCAUUUAUAUUGUUGAUAUUGACAUAAAAUUGCAAAGUAUUCCAUCAGCCAUUCUAAAAACAAUUUCCAUCGGAACGCCAUUGUGUGUUGCCAAACUUGACGAAGUAAUACAAAAGAAUGGAUAUCCACCAUAUGUGCGUAAUAUUAAUGGUAAACAUAGUAAAGUGACAUCAUCAGCAUUCAAUCAAAAGAUUUUGAAAUAUGAACUGACAUUAAGCGAUUUGAAUCCUGGAGCUAUCACGGAAAUUCGCGUUAGUAGAAAAAUGUAUUGGAAUGGUUUUGAUAUCACGAUCAAACCUGCAGGGUCUAAAGUGGAAAUAUUGCCAAAUAAUACCGAAGUAGUGCGUAUUACCGUACCAGAAAAAGCUGAUUAUAGAUCGUUGGACAUCAUAUUGACUAAACAAACAGCCAAGGAAGCGCAAUUGACCCUUAAUGGAACACAAAAUAUCCCAAUCGCUUCAAUUUCAAAUAAAAAUGAUUUGCAAGAACAACCGCAAAUUGCUAGUCCUCGUGCAAGACCAGCUGGGAAAAAGAGAGAACUAACUAUUUCUCCAACUCGAGAAUCAACUAUUUUUCCAACUCGUGAAUCAACUAUUUUUCCAACUCGAGAAUCAACUAUCUUUCCAACUCGUGAAUCAACUAUUUUUCCAACUCGAGAAUCAACUAUUUUUCCAACUCGAGAAUCAACUAUUUUUCCAACUCGUGAAUCAACUAUUUUUCCAACUCGAGAACCAACUAUUUCUCCAACUCGAGAACCAAUUAUUUCUCCAACUCGAGAAUCAAUUAUUUCUCCAACUCGAGAAUCAACUAUUUUUCCAACUCGAGAAUCAACUAUUCUUCCCACUCGAGAAUCAACUAUUCUUCCCACUCGAGAAUCAACUAUUCUUCCCACUCGAGAAUCAACUAUUUCUCCAACUCGAGCACUAAUCACAAGCAAAACUUGUGUGAAACCUCCACCGCUUGAAGCUUCGUCGAAUCAAAACCAAAUAAAGGCUGCAAAUCCAGGACCCCCACCCAUCACAAUAUCAUCGAGCAAUUUUGUUAACAUCGACAAUAGCCCGCCUAAUCCAUUAAUUUGGUAUCCGAAAAAGAGCGGAGGAAAAUCAAAUGAUACGGAGAAGACGCCUGCUGUCCGAGAUGAAAUAGUGUUGAGCGACACAUUACGUUUCAACUCGCAUCAA